GAUUGUGCCCGCGCAGCUAGACUUCGCUUUCCGGCCAAACCUCUCGUCAUAGCGCAGGCAUGCGGCCUCCAGCCAAAUGUCGAGUCUGGGAGGCAGAGCAGCCACUUCCGCAACAUCGCAAUCUGCUUGGCAAAGCUCACCCUGCGAUCUGGUGUGCAAGGUGACGCUGCUCGUCAUGCGUUCUCAUUGCGUAAGUGCAUGCACGAACUGAACUUGGACAAGCCCAAUGUGUAGCGAGCAACGUGCCAGCUCGGUAGCUCCCUCGACGGGCCAUCUGUGUCGCCGUCGCGCCGCAGCGAGAGGGUUGAAAGCGACAGGGCCCUUCCCUCACUCCAUCCUUCACCCCCACCGAAGGGUAUCUGGAUGGCGAAUUUAGCUGGGCGCAGCGAUAGGGCUUGGCAUAGCAUGUUGCUAGCCUCUCGAUCAAUACAUGCUCCAGCUACACUACACUUUUCGUCGCACACGCCUUGCAUUCUACGCUUCUACGCUUUGAUUAUUGUCGUAAAUGUGUCGUGUCUGAUUUUGCCGACAAGACCUGCUGAAAAGGAGUGCGAGGUCUCCAUGGCUUUUACAUGCAUGGUUGGGUAUUACAAGACUUUGCAGUGAAAUGCUAGGGGAGGGAUGGAUUGAAAGUGUGGGAAGUGGAACAAAUUUCCAAGUCAAAGAAGGCGGUUGCUCAGGGGGAUGAUGGAGAAUGCGAAGAGGCAUCGUUUCACCUUUUUGCGCCACCACAAGAGAGAAGCAGCCCUCAGGAGACGUGACGUGAACGUUGAGUUGAUUGGGGCACAUCUAGGGUUUGCGCGGACUAGCCAAGUUUGGUGAUUGGGCAUGAUCCACAACGCAUGCGCUC